UACAAUUCCGACAACCAUACGAGCCUAUCGCCACCGUCACUUCUCCGCAGGCUAUGCUUCCUUUCCAUUCUCUAUCUGUCACUCCUUGUCCUUGUUCUCUCUUUCGACCCCGCACUACAUCGUGAUCUCUGCAAGGAGGAUAUAUAAUCGAUUGCUCCUACAGUUAAAAUCGAAAACGACGCGACGACAAGGAGAAAGGCGGAGAUAUGAAACGAUGCAAAGUGACAAUUACGAAACCUGAUACGACUUUGCCGACGAGAGAAAGGACGAGAGAGCGAUGAAAACAAAAGAAAUCUUUGCCGCCGGUGAGCAUUUGCAGCUGACAUGAAUGGUGAGGGAGGUUGGGGUUGGUGGCUGCAAAGCUACGGUUGUUGGGGAGGUUGGGGUUGGUGGCUGCAAAGCUCGGCCUUCUCCAACUCUCUCUCUCUCUCUCUCUCUUGCAGUCAGCAGAGCAGAGGAACAUUACAAAAGAAGCAAAGCAAAGAAAGACAGCGCAGAACGAAGUGAAGAAAAAGAAAACAAGGAAAACACUGCAAUGGAUUUCGUAUCUCCGUUGGUCCCCUUUCUCCUUUUUCGUUUUAAAGCUGAUCACCAAAUUAAAGCACUCCAACCCCAAUUCGUCCAUCAUUAGGUGUCUCUUCCAAGCAACUCUACAUCCCUACCCUCAUUAACUCUCUCUCCUCUCUGCAACACUGAACCAAAUUCAAGUUUUCACCUACACCUUAUCCCUACUUCUGUGUAAUCCAGAAACAGAAACACAAUUGAAAUUCUUCAUUUCCGCAGCUAUUUCUCUCCACAUUUGUUAAAAUUCUGCUAAAUUAAGUUGUGGGUACUUGAAAUAUAUCGAUUUUCAGCUUGAAUUUAUCGAAUUGGAUUCUGGGUAUCUCAGUUUUUCAGCCAUGCCAGGCUUAGUCUCACCCAAAAGCUCGCUUCUUGGAGCACCUUCGCCGCCUAUUUUCGUACCCGAACCGACCCACAGAACAGAGCACUCCAAUGGCACCAAAACCCCAUCACUUACGACCGCACGGACCAGACCCGCCAUAAAAAGGGCCCCAGAGAAGCUACCCAUCGACGAGACCUCGCUCGACAACCCGGAUCUGGGUCCCUUUUUGCUGAAGCUCGCCCGGGACACUAUCGGGUCCGGUGAGAACCCGAACAAGGCUUUGGACUACGCCAUUCGAGCGUCCAAGUCAUUUGAGCGGUGUUCGGGUCCUGGUCUUGACCUGGCUAUGAGCUUGCACGUCGUGGCGGCAAUAUUUUGUAAUUUGGGCCGGUUUGAGGAGGCGGUGCGGGUCUUGGAACAGUCCAUUGAGGUGUCGGAUCCGGAAAAUGGAGCGGACUAUGCGCUAGCAAAGUUCUCGGGGUACAUGCAGCUGGGUGACACGUAUUCGAUGAUGGGACAGCUUGAGCAGUCUAUUUUAUGUUACGGGUCGGGUUUGAAGAUCCAAAAGGAGACUCUGGGUGAGUCGGAUUCGAGAGUUGCAGAAACUUGCAGGUACCUAGCAGAAGCACAUGUCCAAGUAAUGCAAUUUGAUGAGGCAGAGCACUACUGUAAGAAGACGCUUGAAAUUCGCAGGAAGCAUAACUCACCUGCAUCUGUUGAAGAGGCUGCUGACCGGCGCCUCAUGGCUCUCAUUUAUGAGGCAAAAGGAGAUUCCGAAUCUGCACUUGAGCACCUUGUCCUUGCAAGCAUGAUAAUGAUUGCCAAUGGACAGGACAAUGAGGUUGCCACUAUUGACAUGGGCCUUGGCGAUAUUUACUUGUCUCUUUGCCGCUUUGAUGACGCUGUUUUCUCCUACCAUAAGGCACUUACUGUCUUGAAAUGCAUGAGGGGCGAAAAUCACCCUUCAGUAGCAUCAGUCUUUAUUCGCCUUGCUGACCUGUAUUACAAGACAGGGAAGUUAAGAGAGUCUAAAUCCUACUGUGAGAAUGCUUUGAGGAUAUAUGCAAAACCUUCGCCUGGAAUCACAUCUGAGGAACUUGCUAGCGGUUUGACUGAAAUCGCAGCCAUCUAUGAAGAUGUCAAUGAGCCUGAGGAGGCACUGAAUCUCUUGCAGAAGGCAAUGAAGUCAUUAGAUGAUACACCUGCACAGAGGAGCACUAUCGCAGGAAUAGAAGCACAGAUGGGUGUUAUCUUCUACAUGGUCGGGAGGUAUGGGGAGGCUUGGAGGUCUUUUGAGAGUGCUCUAUCAAAGCUUCGGGCUAGCCGGGAGAGGAAAUCCGCCUACUUUGGUGUUGUGUUGAACCAGAUGGGGUUGGCUAGUGUGCAGUUGUACAAGUUAGAUGAGGCCGCUCAACUUUUUGAAGAAGCAAAGGAGAUACUGGAGCAGGAGUGUGGCCUUUGUCAUCCCGAUACACUUGGAGUAUAUAGCAACCUUGCAGCAACUUAUGAUGCCAUGGGACGAGUAGAAGCUGCAAUUGAGAUAUUAGAGCAUGUCUUAAAGGUGAAGGAAGAGAAGCUUGGUACGGCAAAUCCAGAUUUUGACGACGAGAAGAAAAGGCUAGCUCAUCUCUUGAAAGAAGCAGGAAGGGCUAGGAACAGAAAAGGAAAAUCACUUGAAAAACUCCUCCAUUCCAACUCCCAAAGGACGAAGGAGGAAGGAUCGAAGAGGCAGUCUGGAUUUGGAUACAAAACUUGACCGAGAACACAUCUCUUCCCCGGCUCUUGCUUCCCUUGCUGCAAUUUUUGUAGAUAUCGCUGUGUUAGAAUAGUUAAGCUAUUCAAUUUCCACUUGCUUUUCAGUUGUAUUUCUUUUGCUGAUUCACUUUGUUUCCUGGAUGCUUCUUUAAUUGUGAGUAUUAUUUGUGUCA